GCCAUUUUGACCAGACUGCUGCGAAUUUGUUGCUGUUUUCAUUGUACUGUUGUCAUACCACCACAGAGUUAACCAUGGGGAGAAAGAAAAAGAAGCAGAUGAAACCAUGGUGUUGGUACUGCAACAGAGAUUUCGACGACGAGAAAAUUCUUAUUCAACAUCAGAAGGCGAAGCAUUUCAAAUGUCAUAUAUGUCACAAGAAAUUGUAUACGGGUCCAGGUUUAGCUAUCCAUUGUAUGCAGGUUCACAAAGAAACGAUAGACGGGGUUCCCAAUGCCAUUCCAGGCAGGACUGACAUUGAGUUGGAGAUCUAUGGUAUGGAAGGAAUUCCCGAGAAAGACAUGGAGGAAAGAAGACGUGUCCUGGAGCAAAAGACACAAGAGAGUCAAAAGAAGAAGCAAAACCAAGACGACUCGGAUGAGGAGGAUGACGACGAGGCGGGUCCCUCCUUCCAGCCUCCGGCCGCCCAACCCCAGGCGGCCUACGCGCCACCCAUGACCCAGGCUGGCAUGCCCCCAGUCGCGCCAGGUGCACCAGGAAUGCCCCCGGGCGGCUACCCGGGUAUGCCUCCCAUGAUGCCCGGUGUUCCACCCAUGAUGCCAGGAAUGCCACCGGUUAUGCCCGGCAUGCCACCAGGCAUGAUGCCCAUGGGAGGGAUGAUGCCGCCCGGGCCGGGAAUGCCACCCAUGAUGCCCGGCAUGCCACCAGGUAUGCCCCCUCCGGUGGCCCACCGGCCAGGCAUACCUCACAUGGCCCAGGGCCCUCCGUCCGCGGCUCCAGGCCUGCUCACCCGACCCGCCAUGCCCACGGCCUCCGCCUCCUCCGUCACACCGCCCGUCACCAAGCCCCUCUUCCCCAGCGCUGGACAGAUGGGAAGUCGGGCUGCGAGCACGAGCGCUCCAUCGGCCAGUGCCGACACGCAGUCUGCCUCCUCUAAGCCUCUCUUCCCUAGCACAACACAAGCCCAGCAGGUGGCAGGCCCUGGCGUGUCGGGGGCUGACCUCAAGGCCAUGAGCAGCCCGCCGGCCACCUCCGCCGAGCAGGCCAAGCCCACCUUCCCCGCCUACACCCAGGCCUCGGCCUCCACGGCCAGCCCGGCCACAGCUUCGGGCAGCAUCGUGUCCAAACCGCCCGCCACCAUCACCAGUAAGCCGGCCACCCUCACCACCUCCAGUGCAACCAGUAAGUUGAUGCACCCCGAUGAGGACAUCUCGCUGGAGGAGAUCCGCGCCCAGUUGCCCCGGUAUCAGAGUAAAAUGCCCAGGCCGGGCCAGCCAGCUAUGGCCAGCCCUCCUGUCCCCCCCAUGGGUGGCAUGAUGCCCCCACAGCAGGGCCUGCCACCCCAUCAACCAGGUGUGCGGCACCCCAUGCAUGGGCAAUACGCUGCUCCACCCCAGGGCGUGCCAGGGUAUAUGCCCGGGGGCAUGCCCCCUUACGGCCAGGGGCCGCCCAUGGUGCCCCCUUACCAGGGAGCGCCUCCCAGGCCACCCAUUGGCAUGAGGCCCCCUGUCAUGUCACAAGGAGGCCGCUACUGAAGCGUAGCGCAGCGCCAACCCCAAUCCAACGAGCCCCAACUGCCUGUCUUCAGUAGGUUUGGAGAUUCAUCCAUUUUCUCAUCUAGUGCUGUUUUCAUUUAGCUUGUCAAGUUGCCAGUAAUGGUAAAUGUAAAUUCUGCUCACGCUUGUGAAGUGGGGGAAAAAAGAAAGAAAAACAAGAAAAACUGGGGGAGGAAAAAAAUUGUAACAUCGCAUGGGACAUUUGCAUUUGAAAGAAAAGAAAGAAAGGAAAAAAACAACAAAAAAGGAAAUCAAAGCAUUUUUUUUUUCAUCUGCACCUGAUGGAAUAUGUUGCAAUAUGUUGCAAAAAUCCAACUGUUAUGUAUGUAUGUAUGUAUGUGUGUGGCUUUUUUGUCCCCUCUAUUUGUUCCAUUUAGGUUUUUAGAAGUGUAGUAAAUAUGGUUCGUUAUGUUUUGAAGGCGCUGGAGGCACAUGAACAGGCCCUCCUUAAACCAAGGCAAGUCUCUGUAUAUACAUGUACUGUGCUUCUUCUUGUGUUUAUAUCUGCGAGGCCUUCACAGCACACUUAGCUGCUGUUGGACCUCUGUGUCCCCAACCUAUGUGGUUGGUGAGGGCUUCCUCAGGUAGAUUUUUUUUUUGGCGUCUUGUCUGCUUUGUUCAACUUCCUGAUUUAAUUUAAAAGUUAUGAAAGUACAAUAAUUGGAAUCUCUAUUUGAAAUUGGAUUUCAUCAAAGUAAGAGUUUAAAAAAAAAAAAAUCCUAUACAGUCACACACCAAAACUGUUGAUGUGAAUUUGAUGUGUGUAUACUGCUGUGUAAGACAUAACCCCUUGUAAUAAAACUUGUUGAAAACUUCA